AGGAGAGCGAGCACGUGCUGAAGAAGGCUCACAAGUACAGUGAGCUUAUCAUCCUGUAUGAGAAGAAGGGGCUCCACGAGAAAGCUCUGCAGGUGCUCGUGGACCAGUCCAAGAAAGCCAACUCCCCUCUGAAAGGCCACGAGAGGACGGUGCAGUAUCUGCAGCGUCUGGGCACAGAAAACCUGCAUUUGAUUUUCUCCUACUCAGUGUGGGUGCUGAGAGACUUCCCGGAAGAUGGCCUGAAGAUAUUUACUGAAGAUGUCCCAGAAGUGGAGUCUCUGCCACGUGAUCGAGUCCUCGGCUUCUUCGUAGAGAAUUUUAAGGGUCUGGCUGUUCCUUAUCUGGAACACAUCAUCCACGUUUGGGAGGAGACAGGCUCUCGGUUCCACAACUGCCUGAUCCAGCUGUACUGUGAAAAGGUGCAAGGUCUGAUGAAGGAGUAUCUCCUGUCCUUCCCUGCAGGCAAGACCCCAGUCCCAGCUGGAGAGGAAGAGGGUGAACUGGGAGAAUACCGGCAAAAGCUCCUCAUGUUCUUGGAGAUUUCCAGCUACUAUGAUCCAGGCCGGCUCAUCUGUGAUUUUCCCUUUGAUGGCCUCUUAGAAGAACGAGCUCUCCUGUUGGGGCGCAUGGGGAAACACGAACAAGCUCUUUUCAUUUAUGUCCACAUCUUGAAGGAUACAAGGAUGGCUGAGGAGUACUGCCACAAACACUAUGACCAAAACAAAGAUGGCAACAAAGAUGUGUAUCUGUCCCUGCUUCGGAUGUACCUGUCGCCCCCCCCCAGCAUUCACUGCCUGGGGCCAAUCAAGCUGGAACUGCUGGAGCCAAAAGCCGACCUCCAGGCUGCCCUGCAGGUCCUGGAGCUGCACCACAGCAAACUGGACACCACCAAGGCCCUCAACCUUCUGCCAGCAAACACUCAGAUCAAUGACAUACGCAUCUUCCUGGAAAAGGUCUUGGAAGAAAAUGCACAAAAGAAACGGUUCAAUCAAGUGCUCAAGAACCUUCUCCAUGCAGAGUUCCUGAGGGUCCAGGAAGAGCGGAUUUUACACCAGCAGGUGAAGUGCAUCAUCACAGAGGAGAAGGUGUGCAUGGUGUGUAAGAAGAAGAUUGGAAACAGUGCAUUUGCAAGAUACCCCAAUGGAGUGGUCGUGCACUACUUCUGUUCCAAAGAGGUAAACCCAGCUGACACUUGAGCCCAGCAUCUUGGGGAUCCAGCAGAUGGACAGCUUGGCUCUCCCAGAGAGGUGAAGGAGCACCUGGCCUUAGGAAUCCUGGCUGCCACCACCACAAGGCUCCCUAUUUGGACAGUACUGGCUAUCUUGUGCCCUGGAACAACUCUGAAUUAAUUAGACUCAUGGUCUGGCAUUGCCAGCUUUUUAAUGGGAAAAGAGAUUAGUUAUACCUUAUACCAUUAUCCUGUGGGCAAUUCCAGAGAAUUCAGCACCUGCUUGGUCAGGAGGAGGUGCCCCGUCUUGCCUUUGCAUACCAGUCACCUGAACAAGGAAACUUGUCACAAGUGUUUGUAACCAUGGGGUUGUUCAUCAAGGGCUUUUCUAUUAAGAUAAGUAUACGACUUCACAAGGACCCCUCAGCAUGGCUCACUGGAGAGUUCCCUGAGAGAACAGUGCUCAAGCUUCUGGCCACAUGGACCCGA